AUGUCGUCUGGAAAAACUCUUACUUUGAGCAAUGGCGUGAAGAUGCCCGCCGUUGGCUUCGGCACUUUCGCCAGCGAGGGCUCAAAGGGCGAAACCUACGCCGCCGUCACUGCUGCUCUCAACAUUGGCUACCGUCACCUCGAUUGUGCCUGGUUCUACCUGAACGAGGACGAGGUUGGUGAUGGUAUCCGUGACUUCCUCAAGGCCAACCCUAACGUCAAGCGUUCUGAUAUCUUCGUGACCACAAAGGUCUGGAACCAUCUGCACCGUUACGAUGACGUCCUCUGGUCCAUCAACAACUCUCUCGAGCGUAUGAAGCUUGACUACGUCGAUCUUUUCCUUGUUCACUGGCCCAUUGCUGCUGAGAAGGAAGAUCAGGAGCACCCCAAGAUUGGCCCCGAUGGAAAGUACGUCAUCCUGAAGGACCUCACUGAGAACCACGAGGAGACAUGGCGCGCCAUGGAGAAGCUCUACGCCGACGGUAAGGCCAGGGCUAUCGGUGUGUCCAACUGGACCAUCCCCCAGCUUGAGGCCAUGACCAAGUACGCCAAGGUCUUCCCUCAGGUCAACCAGAUCGAGAUCCACCCCUUCCUGCCCAACGAAGAGCUGGUGCAGUACUGCUUCUCCAAGAAUGUCAUGCCCCAGGCCUAUUCGCCUCUGGGCUCCCAAAACCAGGUCCCUACCACUGGUGAGCGCGUGUCCGAGAACAAGACUCUCAACGCCAUUGCCGAAAAGGGCAACAACACCCUCGCCCAGGUUCUCAUUGCCUGGGGUCUGCGUCGUGGUUACAGUGUGCUCCCCAAGAGCUCCAACCCCAAGCGCAUUGAGUCCAACUUCAAGAGCAUCGAGCUCAGCGAUGAGGACUUCGCGGCUGUCAACGAGGUCGCCAAGGGCCGUCACUGCCGCUUUGUCAACAUGCACGAGACCUUCGGCUACAAUGUCUGGCCUGAGGAGACUGCCCAGGGCCUUUCUCUUUAA